AGCUAAGCAGGCUGGGGUUGUCCUUGCACAUAGCUGAAACAACCUUAUUCUUGUACCCAAACAGUUGUCCAAACCUUUCUAGUGAGCUGUGGGAGUAAAAGUAAACCUCGUAAGUGUUUGAGACUUUGAGAGACACGUCUCAAAAAGACUGUAUUUUUGUGCUGUGCUUAUUUUUCCCGAACGGCAAUGGAGAUUUCUCGAAAGAAGCAGGUGUACCUCUUCUACUGUGACGAGUGCGAAGAAUUAGCCCGAAAGGUUGCCUCUCAGUCAGACUUCAUCAAUCUCCAGACUAUCAAAUGGAGGAGUUUUGAUGAUGGAUUUCCAAACAUUUUUAUAAACAACGCACAAGUUCUCAGAGGUGAACAUGUUGCUUUUCUGGCAUCCUUCAGCUCCCAAGGAGUUAUCUUUGAACAGCUUUCCGUAAUAUAUGCACUGCCGCGACUUUUUGUGGCUUCCUUUACUUUAGUAUUACCUUUCUUUCCAACUGGUUCUUUUGAGCGAAUGGAAGAAGAAGGGGAUGUAGCCACUGCAUUUACCCUUGCUAGGAUGUUGUCAAAUAUUCCCAUCUCAAGAGGAGGCCCAACUAGUUUGGUCAUUUACGAUAUACACGCUUUGCAGGAAAGGUUUUACUUUGGAGACCAUGUUUUGCCUGUGUUUGAGACUGGCAUUCCUCUCUUAAAGGAACGUCUGCACCAGCUUUCUGACUCCGAUAAGAUAGUUGUUGCAUUUCCUGACGAUGGUGCUUGGAAGCGAUUUCACAAGCAAUUAGAUCACUUCCCCAUGGUGGUAUGUGCUAAGGUUCGUGAAGGGGACAAGAGGAUAGUCCGGAUCAAGGAGGGAAACCCUUCUGGUUGUCAUGUAGUAAUUGUUGAUGAUUUGGUUCAAUCAGGAGGCACCCUCAUUGAGUGCCAGAAAGUCUUGGCAGCUCAUGGUGCCGCCAAGGUCAGUGCAUACGUUACACAUGGUGUCUUUCCCAAGCGUUCAUGGGAGCGGUUCACACACAAAGACAACUGCUCGGAGAAGGCCUUCGCUUACUUUUGGAUCACAGAUUCUUGCCCACUAACAGUCAAAGCCAUAGCUAACAAGGCUCCUUUUGAGGUUAUAAGUCUUGCCGGAUCAAUUGCUGAUGCUCUGCAAAUUUAGAUAAUACAUUUGCAGGAUUCCAGUAUAACAGUGGGAAAGCAUGAGUUGAUUUAGGACUGGCUGUGGCUGUUGUUUUACUAGGAAAAUAAUGUAAUUUAGGCAUAUUUCAUGCUUCAUGGUUCAAAAUUUCCUUAUGAGACCGCUCUUUGUCUUUGUUUUUCGUUUUAUGCCAAAUCUUUUGCUUAAAAGCAUCUAUAAAUGAUAUGCUAAAUUCACUUCAUAACUGUCCCUUUUGACAUCAAAAGGAAUGAAAGGUUACAUUAUAGUGAUUUUCGAGUU